AUGCCCUACGAGCGGAAAAUUAUAUUGAAUGGUUCCUGUGCCAAUGAUGAAGAAUGCAGUGACAUAAAGCAUGCCAAAUGUUCCAAAGAUAAACUGUGUGUCUGUAUAACAAAUAAUAUCCGGGUAAAUGAAACAUACUGCGCACCAGCGUUGAGAGCGUUUUGUUGGAAGGGCGAGAAAUGUGCAACUGAUAAUGCUUCUUGUAUUAAUAAUGAAUGUCAAUGCAAUGGAAAUUCUGUACAGCAAUCCACUGAUCAGUGCUUACCAAAGCUAUUAGGAUCAUCUUGUGAAACUAAUUCUGAUUGCGAAAGAGUUAAAUUUUCCAAAUGUUCAGCAACUAAAACUUGUAUAUGCUCAUUGAAUACACUUCCUAUUAAUGGAGCUUCAUGUGUACCAAUUUUAAAUGAUUUCUGCCAGACAAAUGACGACUGUAAAGUGGAAAAUUCUGAGUGUAUUAAAAACGUGUGUAAAUGCAAAGUAAUGUUCAAAACUAUUGCGAAUACCGAAUGUAAAGAACCACACGUAGGCAUGGCUUGUAGUGGAUAUUUGGAUUGUCACGACUUCAUCGUACAUUCAUUUUGUUCUAAAAAUAUGAAAUGUACUUGUAAAAAUGAUCAUGUCGCGAUAAAUGACAAGACUUGUGCACCAGCAAUGAACGUAACAUGCCGGGAUAAUGAAAUAUGUGCACCAGAAAACUCUAUUUGUACAAAUAAUAUAUGUCAAUGUGAACCAGAUUAUGUUUAUCGAGGAACUAAUUGUGUGCCAGAAUUUUUGGGAAUGCCUUGUAAAACAGAGAAAGAUUGUCAAGAAACUAGAUUUUCAACGUGUUCAGAUGAUAAUGUGUGUGUUUGCAAAUCAGAUUACAUUGAAUCCGGUUCAUCAACUUGCUUGCCACUCAUAGGUGGUAGAUGUAUUCAUCAUGAGAAUUGUGUCGUUAAAAAUUCCCAUUGUUCUUCCAAUGAAUGCAAAUGUAUACACAAUUAUGUUGCUCAUUCUAAUGACGUGUGUACACCACUGAUACUAGGAGGUUCUUGUGACAAUGACGAAGAUUGUGGGGACAUAAAGCAUUCUAAAUGUUCAAAAGACAAGCUUUGUACCUGUAUAUCAAGUUAUAUCUGGGUAAAUAAAACAUAUUGUGCACCAGCAUUGGGAUCAUAUUGUUGGAAGGAUGAAAAAUGUGCAACUGAUCAUGCUUCUUGCAUUGAUAAUGAAUGUAAAUGUAAUGAAAAUUCCAUACAACAGUCGAAUCAGUGCUCACCAAAACUAUUAGGUUCAUCCUGUAUAAGUCAUUCAGAUUGUAGAAGAGUUAAGUUUGCCAAAUGUUCGGCAGACAAACGUUGCAUAUGCUUACCAAACUCACGAGCUGUUGAUCGAACAUCAUGUGUACCAUUUUUGAAUGGAUUCUGUUUGACAGAACUUGAUUGCCUCGUUAGUAAUUCUGAGUGCUUUGACUUAAACUGUGAAUGCAAAUCAAAUUUCUUAACUGUUUCAAAUACGGAAUGUCGAGAACCACGCUUGGGCAUGACUUGUAGCGGAUUUUCGGAUUGUGAUAAUCUCAUAUUUCAUUCAAUAUGCUCUAAAAAUAAGACAUGUACUUGUGCUAAAAAUCAUUAUGCAAUAAGCAGUAAAGCGUGUGCACCAGGAUUCAACGAAGCAUGCUUCGAGUCUGAGCCAUGUGCACGAGACAAUUCUAUUUGUAUCGAUAAUAUAUGUCAAUGCAAACCUAAUUAUGUCUAUCAAGGAAUUAAAUGCGUGCCAGGGUUUUUAGAAAUGCCAUGUCAAACCGAGAGCGAUUGUCAAAGGAUAAAAUUUUCAACGUGUUCAGAUGAUGGAAUGUGUGUGUGCAAAUCAAAUUACACUAAAUCCAACUCAUCAACUUGCUUACCACUUAUAGAGGGUUACUGUACGAAAAAUGACGAUUGUGUGGCUUUAAAUUCUUACUGUCUUUUUAACAAAUGCCGCUGUAUAGAAAAUCACUUUGCUCACUCAAAUGAUCUAUGUACACCGAUGGUGUUCGAUGAUAUUUGUUCCGAAGAUUCUGACUGCAUUGAUAUUGGACGGAAGUGUUCUCGCAAUCGAAGAUGUAUUUGUAAAGAAAAUCAUAUUGUACUGAGUAGCACAAAGUGUGCACCUCUUUUAAAUGGUUAUUGUUCGAGUAAUAAAGAUUGCUAUGUAAAGAAUUCAAUUUGUGUUGAAAAUAGAUGUCAAUGUGAUUUUGAUCAUUUUUCUCAUUCUAAUUAUGAAUGUGAUCCAAUUACGCUGGGAAAACUGUGUUCAGCUGACAUAGAUUGUAAAAAUAUAAAAAAUUCAAGAUGUUCAUCAGAAAAUGUAUGUGUUUGUGAUGUGAAUUACUUUGCAGUCGAUAAAUUUUUUUGUGAACCGAUUUUAAAUGGAUUUUGUUCAAGUGAUAGCGACUGCUACUCUGAUUCAUUUCUCUGUAUUGAUAAUCAAUGUCAAUGUAAAAGUAAUUACACGGCAGUAUCCGUUGACAAAUGUAUUGAAACGAACUUGGUUAGUUCUUGUACUGAUGUCUCGGAAUGUAGUGAUUCAUGGCAUUCAACCUGUUCACUUGAAGGAAAAUGUGUUUGUGCAUUAAAUAAUAGAGCAUUCGGAACAUCAAUAUGUCUGCCGAUUUUAAACGGAUAUUGUUGGAAAGAUGAUCAGUGCAUGGCUGAAAGCUCUGUUUGCAUUAAUUAUCGGUGUCAUUGCAAACAAAAUUUUAUUGCCGUCGCUAAUAAUCUUUGCGUAUUAAAUAACUAA